GCCGCCAUGACCUCCAUCACCCGCAACCUGCCCUGGUUCGUUCGCGACCUCGGCGUCGCCAUCGUCGGCAAGAAAUGCUACAUUUCGCUGGUGGAGAACCUGAACGUGUCGGACGUGGAAUGUAUCAAGUAUUCCGUGUCAAAGGGUCUGGGGAUUGGCAUAGUUGUCGGGGGAUCCAUCAUGAAAGUCCCGCAGCUCUUACUUAUUCUCUCUGCCCGCUCCGCACGCGGACUCUCCCUGCCCGCGUACGUCCUUGAGACGCUCGCAUACGCGAUCACCCUUGCCUACUCCUUCCGCAACGCCUUCCCCUUCUCGACCUACGGCGAGAACCUCUUCCUCACCGCGCAAAACGUGCUCAUCACCCUCCUCAUCAUCUACUAUGCUCCCGCCCGCCCCAACCAAUCCAAACCCCUCCAACUCACCGUCGCAUCGCUCGCCUCCGCACUCACCGGCGUUGCGCUGUAUACCCUCCCGACCGAUAUUCUAGCGCUCUUACAGCUUUCUACCCUCCCACUAUCCCUCUUCUCGAAGCUGCCCCAGAUAAUGCAGAACUACCGCGCACAAUCUACCGGCCAGCUCUCCGCCUUCGCCGUCCUCUCCCAAAUCGUCGGCUGCCUCGCCCGGCUGUUUACCACCGCGACCGAAGUGGGGGACCCGCUCGUCAUCGCCGGCUUCGCGCUCGCGCUCCUGCUAAACGGCGUGCUCGGCGCGCAACUGUGGAUUUACUGGGACAAAGAUAUCCGCGAGAAGGAGAGCCUGGGCAAGAUCGCGAUGAGUGAGAAGGAGCGACCGCAGCGGCCCGCGCAGCGCGAGAGCAAGGUGGAGGUGGUCGUCCCCCCGCAGACGCCAACUGCGCGGUACUCGUCGCCGACGCCUUCCGGCAGGAAGUGGGCGAGGAAACUCGAUUGAAGCUAUGUGGGAGUGUGGGUCUUCGUAUGGGUAUCCUAUAGUUCGCGUUGUAAUUUAUAGAACGAAUCUAUAUUAUUAUUUGUGGCCCCUCAGGAUAAUCAUAAAUCUAUAGACCAAUACAAUGUUCGUAAGCCAUAGUACAGUUCCGAAAUAUUUGUAUAGAAGUCCAUUAGUAUU